GCGUGCUUGAUGGACAUGAACGCGCUGCUGGACCGAUUCCACAACUACAUCCUCCCACACCUGCGGGGCGAGGACCGCGUCUGCCACUGCAACUGCGGCCGGCACCACGUGCAUUACGUGAUCCCAUACGACGGGGACCAGUCGGUGGUGGACGCUGCGGAGAACUACUUUGUGACGGACAAUGUGACCAAGCAGGAGAUCGACCUCAUGCUGGGGCUGCUGCUCGGCUUCUGCAUCAGCUGGCUCCUCGUGUGGGUGGACGGCAUCCUGCACUGCGCCGUGCGUGCCUGGAGGGCUGGCAGGCGCUACGACGGCUCGUGGACCUGGCUGCCCAAGUUUUGCAGCCUGCGGGAAUUGGGUCGGCGGCCGCACAGGCCCUUCGAGGAGGCUGCAGGGAACAUGGUGCACGUGAAGCAGAAACUGUAUCACAAUGGUCACCCCAGCCCACGGCACCUCUGAGCCACUCACAGGACUCACAGGGGUGCACCCAGCCACCGGCCACUGUAUAGAUGUAACCAGGACCUUUACAGCACCGUGGCCUGGCAGGACUGGACAUCAGCCUUGGGCCACGGUGGCUGGCCUCAGGCGGCCGGGGUUCUCCAGCAGAAGG